AUGUCAUCAUCGUCGACUUCCCCAUCCAGUGGGGUUUUUGUCCCAGCUUCUGCAGAAGCACUCGCAUUAGCGCAAAACCGCAUUCGGUUUCACUUGCUGAUGCCAAGCCAUGCGGGCGUCGCGGACCUCAGUUUCUCUCUUCGCGAAGAGGAGCCGCCUGGGACGCAGCAGAACAAUGCGACGGACUGGACCAACGCGCGCGUCGCUUGCGUUGUGGUGAGGGGAAAAUUUGUAUUGGAAAACAAAAACGAGAACAACAUCUCGUCGUCGACGUCCACAGCUGGUGCUGAUGUGAAGACAACUAGCUUCCGCUUGAAACAGUACCUCGCGAAUGAUUACUGCCCCGCUCCGUACCCGCACGCGGCACUCUGCCCCGGUUGGGGGGAGGUCAAAGAGACGUUUUUGUGUCAUUCCUCUUCCGAAGUAGGUCCCAGUACCAUAGCUGCCCCCGAGGUCGGAGCCUUUGCGGGGGUCGACUACGGGGGCCAAACGUGCGCCUGCGUCGCGCUCUUCGGCACCCUGGUCGAGAUGCGGCUGUUGAGCAAGGGUCGUGGAGCAGCAGGCACUUGCAAGCAGCUCGUCGACGAAGUCUUCGAACCCGUCCUGAGCUCCCUCCGAGUAGCGGUUGCAUCUGUGCAUUGCAAUAAACAUGUCUGGGUCUGGAAGAUGAAGCCGAGUUGUUCUGUGUGAUGCUAGGUCCUCCUGCUCCCGGAGAGGAGGACACGAAGUUCUGUAUUGCAUGAGCAGGAAGUAGAGAACACACCCGAUCAUUUUGGUCGCGCUAAGGCGGUAUCUAUUUCAACAUAUGCAGGAUAGGCACUGGGGAUCUUAUCCGUGUCAAAACUUGUGAUGCUACAGCUCGCAGUCUAGAGCUUCUGAGGCAUGCCAGAGCCAGACACGCUCACGCAUGGCAAAAAGGAAAAACUGCAUUCUUCCAGACCCAGAGGUGUUUCCACUUGAUAGCAUCUUCUUCGCUGCUACCUACAAGAACUAUGCGGGAGGAGGAAAAAUUAUGCACCGAUGCAGCCAAGAACACCGGUCAGUCAGGAAGCACAAGCUCUUCAGCCAGCGCCGCAACAGGUUGUAGAAUCGCCAUGAUCAUCCCCUAUGCAAAGGCAUGCUACUGGUCUCGGCACCCGGGUGCCACGCAUGGGUACCGCGGACCCAGUUCGCUGUUUGACAUUCCCUGGAACUAUGGUCGGAAGGGCGUUGUCCCGGUGUGGAAAGUGGCUGGGGAAGCGGGAGACGACGUCGCCGCAGCGGCCCGUACGUUGGUGGUAGUCGGUGAAGGCCGCACACAGACUACACAAUACCAUCUCGACAGCGUCGGGGUGCUAUAUCGUGAAGAGGACAACGUGGUCCCUAAAGGUGCGCACUCUCCUGCUUCGGGUCGUGCGCCCGGUCGUGAAAAGAGGAAAAUUGUCGAAACGCUCUUGCUGUACCGCUGUGGGCCGCACCAUUUUGUGUGGCUUCGCCGAUAUGCUAGAUAAAAUAGAGCGCACCUAUUGCAGACAAAAAAAAGAAUUUGUGUGGCUAUUUUUCUGGCACAAAGAAAUGUGGACACCAGGAGAGCGGCUAUUUUCUGUCAUGCAGAACGCGUUUUGUAAUGGUACUGGUAGCUGGUGAAAACUAGAGAGGUCCCAAAAAAGUUUGUCAUGUCGAGCAAACAGAAAGAGGAUCGUCGUACGUAGAUACAGCACUACAAGUUGACUUUUUUCUGGCACGGGUGGACUUUAAGUUUAACUUUUCUGUAGUAUAUCCAAACUUCGUCCUGCGCCCAUUGGCCUCCCAAGAAGGGGCCGUUUCCGCUUGCGAAUGGGGAGUACCCGAAGGAAAUGACGGUUGGGGAAGAAGAUGGUGGUGCUGCAAGUAAGACCCAAACAGACGGCGCAGCGAAAAAUUCCAUCUACGUCGCUUGCUGUGACGAACGCAUCGGAGCCUGGGAUGCUGUAUGGCGGUCGAAGCCAACACACGAAGGGGACAACGAAGGCACGGAUCUUGAUGCUGAUUAUGUGGUGCUCUUGCAAGCGUCACCGAGCGCGCAGAUGGACAAGGACGGCUUUUUUAGGAUGUUGGACGCGGCGAUGAAACUAGCUGCGUCCUUGUGGUCAUCUACUUCCUGAGCUAUUUAUCAUCAUACUUACAGGAAAGUACACGACGACCCAUUGUUGCACCUUUACGCAACGAACUUUCAUCACAUUCGAUAAAUAAGAUUUGGCGUGGUCUCGCCAAUGCAUUUUUCUGGCUGCAUCGGGCGGCGCAUUUUCG